AUGUCUGAAAGAGGUAGAGGCAGAGGAGCAGCACGUGGUUCAAGAGGAAGUAGUAGAGGAAGAGGUGGAAGCACGUUUGGGCAGGAUACAAAACCUAAAAAAGAAUCAAUACUUGAUCUUUCAAAAUAUAUGGACAAAAAAAUACGCGUCAAAUUUAAUGGGGGGCGCGAAGUAAUAGGGUCAUUGAAAGGAUAUGAUCCGUUAUUGAAUUUAGUUCUUGAUGACACUGAGGAAUUUCUUAGAGAUCCUGAGGAUAAUCGAUUAUUAAAUGAGGCUAGGUCGCUCGGAUUAAUUGUUUGUCGUGGACCAGCUGUAAUAUUAAUAUCCCCGUUGGAAGGAACAGAAGAAAUCGAUAAUCCUUUCUUGCAACAAGAAUAA